GGGUCGGUCCGUCCAUCUGGGCAGCCCACAUCUCAACCCGGAAAUUUGAGAGGCUGCCAAACUUCCACGACGGCACAAUAUCCAUAUCCGAAAUGACCAAGCAUGACCACGAACACCUGCUCCCCCAUAUCCCAUCUUUCAUGGUUUCAUCUUCUCCUAUCCACAGGUACCUUGCCGUUUCAUUCAGAGAUUUGGCAUGUUUUCAUCCGUGCCCUGCUGCUUCCCCUGAUCUCCAUGCUGAAGCAUCUGACACUUCUGGAGCUGUUCAUCUUUACUCCUCUAGUAGUUGUUCGUCAGACUGAUCACAGGCAAUAAAUAAGCCAGUAACUAGCCAUUCACACGUAGAGCCCACGCAUUCAGGCGCCAUGGCCACCUCCUCCUCGCCACUCACAGCACUACACUCCUCGUUCCUCUCGUAUACUCCUACCACCCCAUCCAUGGCGGCGCUGCCCCGGCGGCGAAGGCCCGGCUGCCGGUACCCUCGUAUCCAGGCAGCCGAUCUCGACCAGAAUACGAUCGUGGCGAUAUCGGUCGGCGUCGUCAGCGUCGCCAUCGGCAUCGGUAUCCCGGUGUUCUACGAGACGCAGAUCGACAAUGCCGCGAAGAGGGACAACACACAGCCGUGCUUCCCCUGCAGCGGCUCUGGGGCACAGGUGUGCAGGUUUUGCACUGGGAAGGGCACCGUGGCUGUUGUGAUCGGCGGAGGCGAAACUGAGGUAUCAAAGUGUGUCAACUGUGAUGGGGUUGGCUCGUUGACAUGCACCACAUGCCAAGGCACUGGAAUUCAACCACGCUAUCUUGACCGCAGGGAAUUCAAGGAUGAUGACUAAGGGUUAUGCCAUUGCUAAUGAUGGCAUAUUGGCAUGUCAUGUUAUUGUCCGAUCUGACAACGCCAUAAUCUGGAGAGCUGUGCCCAUCAGGAUCGAUUUGAUAGUUUUAUGUUGUAUUGUAUAUCUCUUUUUGGUAAAUAUGUACUGUGUAUGUUUUCUCAAGCGUCUGAAAAAAAUGGAAGCCCUUUAUGUACCCAAAAUAGAAAAAUGACCGUCCUCCAGCGGACAAUGCUGAUGACUCAAGUUGUAGUGUUAAACAUUCUGAGAUUAAUACAACACUAGUGCAACUUUUUGAUUCC